CAAUUGACUGCAGCAGGCCAGAGGCUGGUGUUUUGACCGGCCUACGUGGUUUUCUAGUUGGAACUCAUUUGCCCGUGCACAAAACGGCGUCGGCUGGUGCAACCCUAAACCGACGUCCGGAGACUCUCCAAAGGUCCUCCGCGAUGGAUAACCCUCCAAACGCCAACAUACAUACGAUCGUCAAAGCCCAAAUCGUCUUCCUCCUCUCGACCCUGACCGAGGACAACUUCGAGAGGAAUCAGCUCGAGAUUCGUUCGCUGUCCGAGCAACACGGCCUUGACACUUACCUCCAUUUCAUUCGUCGGCUCAUCGUACACUCGCAGGGUCGGCUAGCCUCUGCCGUGUCACCCUCCCCAUUCGAUCCAUCUUCUACCCUAACCUUUCGACUCCUUGUCCAAGAAACUCAGCGCCUCGCUCGUGACCCUUUUCUUGCGGACCGUUUUCGGGAGGCGAUAGACAAGGGCGAAGGGGAUGCGUUCAGGCAUUUCGAUCUCUUGCGAUUCGUAGAUCGUGUCUCCCUCCGUCCCUUGGAGCGCCUAGUCCUAGCCUCGUCGAUAGCGUCUACUUCCACGAGAAAGGAGCUCGCUUCGCAGGCCACAACUCUUAUCCGCCUCGACUUCGAGAAUGCCGUCUUGUCCCUCUGCCAACAUCCCUCAUUUGACCACGCCGAUCUCUCUCCUCAGCAGGUCGCUAAACUCAUGUCCAAUCUGUUGACCGAUCCUACCUCGGAAAUUCCUGUGUUGGAUGCUAACCAGCGACAGGCGCUUAUAGCGGCGGCGCAAGCAAAGUAUGGUCCGGAGAUUGUGGCUCCUAUCUUACAACGCUUGUUCCCCAACUUGAGUUUACCGCCUGGGACAUCUCUCGUCCAAACUCUGAUCCAACUUGGACCCGACAUCACCAGUGACUGCAGAUACUGUCCGCGCCCUUCUCGUCCGGUCGUGGAGAUUAUAUCCAGUUUGGCGCGUUUGGCUGCGGAGGGUGCCGCGCUGUGUGAUGUUGGUGCGCUAGUUAGGGCGCUGGGCAGCUUCCAUGUCAACAUCACCUGGCCUAACGUCAUUAAAGUCUUCGACCUGCCAGAUCGCCUUGGAGUCGACACUGCCACAUUGAAGUUGCUUAUUGCCAUCUUGCUGAACUGUCCCCGUGAUGUAGAGCCUCACGCGGUGGUCGGGUUCUGGGGCACAUGGAAAAACUCGCUGUAUCAGUUGAAGUUGCUCGACGCAUUGCUAUCUCUCCCUGCCGACACGUUCAACUUUGUGACCCUUCCUGGCCGGCGAAUAGUUACCGUGGAUGACGUGGCCACAGCAAGUCCUACCAUCAAGUCCCUUGCAGCCAAUGUCCAGGGGCAUACCUGGAAUUCCUUGGACUUAUUCGAGGUUCUCGUGCGACUCGCUGACUCCGAUAACCCUGACAUCCGUACACAAGUGCGAGAAAUGCUCGAUAAAGCUUUGAAAAUUAGUGCAGAACUGGUUCAUAUGGGUUUGUUACAGGUGCCGGACUCAAAUUGGAACGACAUCCGACUCGAGUACUCUCGCAAGCUGUUGGCUAUGUUCCUGGCUGGUCACCCCAACCACCAACUGGUUUUCAUGCGCCUGUGGCAGAUUGAACCAAGUUACCUUACGGACGCCUUCCGUGACUUUUAUGAGGAAAGCCCGCUCAACAUCACGAGGAUUCUGGAUGUCGCCCAAGAUUUGAAGAUACUGGAAAAUCUGUUGGAAGUGCGUCCGUUUACGUUCGCUCUGGAUGUUGCUGCGCUUGCCUCUCGUCGAGAAUAUUUGAACUUGGACAAGUGGCUUGCGGAUAAUGUUGCGAGCCAUGGUUCGGAGUUCCUUCACUCCAUGAUUGUUUUCUUGGAGGUCAAAAUGGAGAGUGAGAAGGUGUCACGGGUCUCAGACCCCCCUGUGGACAGCCGUACGAUGUCGUUGAGCCCUCAGACGGUAGCCAUCUUCCUGCGCAUCCUUCGCAAUAACUCUGCAAAAAUGCCUCGAGAGGAUCUCGAUUAUUGCUUAGAAGUCCGAAACUCCUGUUUGCAAAUCCACCCUCGCCUCAUGAACCUUGCGCCUGGAGUAGAUGCUGAACCAGGAUUCACAGUCAUCAGCUACAGCGCGGAAAUUGAGUCUGAAGUUGACGCUAUUUAUAAACAAAUGUAUGAUGAACAAACGACCAUUGACGACGUUAUUGCUUUACUUCAGCGAAGCAAAGCCUCAGCCGACCCUCGUGACCACGAGAUCUUCUCAUGCAUGCUCCAUUUCCUUUUUGACGAGUACAGGUUUUUCCAGUCUUACUACCCUCCGCGCGAACUCGCCAUGACUGCCUAUAUGUUUGGCUCCAUCAUCUAUCACGAUUUGGUCGAUUUCAUUCCUUUAGGCAUUGCCAUCCGUUACGUCGUCGAUGCCCUCACUUGUCCCCCGGAGACCAACCUCUUCAAGUUUGGUCUCCAAGCCCUUGCACGGUUUGAAAGCCGACUCGCCGAGUGGCAGCCCCUUUGCCAGGCAUUACUUCGGAUUCCUCAUCUCAUGGAGGCUCGCCCUGACCUGACUUCCACGAUUCAUCGCGCCCUUGCAGCAGGAACGGACGGCUCCCGGACUACGGCUGAUAUGCGAGGGCUGUCAGCUGGCCUCGCAGCUGAACCUGUUCCUGUGUUUAAUGCCAUCCAACCGGACAAACUGGAGGGUGAGAUGGCGAAGCCUUCUGAAGAGGUGUCAGACAAAAUUCUGUUUAUCGUCAAUAAUUUGGCACCGAGCAAUUUUGAGGCAAAAGUCACCGAAAUGAAAGGCCACUUCGAGGACGAUUUCGCGUGGUGGUUUGCCAAUUACUUGGUUGAUCAGCGAAUCAGCGCAGAGCCCAAUAACCAUCAACUCUAUCUCCGCUUCCUCGAUGCUCUUGACAGGCAGAAGUUGUCCAAGCUUAUCCUUCACGAGACGUUGGUCAAGUCUGCCGCGGUCCUUAAUAGCGAAAAGACGAUGCAGGUCACUUCUGAGCGUCUUAUCCUUAAGAAUUUGGGGUCUUGGCUGGGGAGUAUCACACUCGCUCGUGGCAAACCGAUUCGUCAUAAAAACAUCUCCUUCAAAGACCUUCUUCUCGAAGGUUAUGAGAGCGGCCGCCUCAUUGUUGCCAUUCCGUUUGUUUGCAAGACUUUGGAACCGUGUUCAAAAUCCAAAGUCUUCAAGCCUCCAAGCCCAUGGCUCAUGGCAAUCAUCAGCUUGCUUGCAGAGCUCUAUCACUUCGCCGACUUGAAAUUAAAUCUCAAGUUCGAGAUCGAGGUGUUGUGCAAGGGCCUCGAUAUUGAUUUGAGCACGAUCGAGGCAACAACCAUUCUGCGAAAUUGUCCUACGGGCGACACAGCACCUGCCGUUGGAUUACACGAAUACGUCAACGAGAUGGAGUCUGUGCCGAUGAAUGGAUUCGAUUCAGCCGCCGUUCCGGGUGAUUCGCAGGUCGUAUCCCUCGUGCAUGCUGGCUCAGCUGAGUCCCAGCGAGCCAUGGGAUCGCAUGUAGAGUCGAUCCUCAACACUUUGGCUUCCAGCAUCAUCAUCAAUCCUCAGCUUACCCCCUUCCAUGGUAACUCGGCUUUCAAACGAGCCGUUCAGAUGGCGGUCGACCGCGCUGUUCGCGAGAUCAUUCUCCCAGUUGUUGAGCGUUCGGUGACUAUAGCUGGAAUAUCCACUCGCGAACUUGUCGGGAAGGACUUUGCGACAGAAGUCAGCGAGGACAGAUUGAGGAAGGCUGGGCAUUUAAUGGCCCAGAAGCUUGCUGGAAGCCUUGCUUUGGUCACUUGCAAGGAUCCCUUGAAAAGUAAUUUGGCUGGACACUUACGGACCGCUCUUCUGGAUCACGGUUUCACUGAACAAGUUGUCUCUGAUCAAGUUCUCUCCGUUUUGGUGACAGAUAAUGCUGAAGUUGCUUUCUCCGCCAUUGAAAAAGCUGCAAUGGAGCGUGCUGUAACUGAUGUUGACGAAAUCUUUGCGGCCUCAUACGAGCUGCGGCGGCGUCACCGAGAGCUCCGCGGUGGACAGACCUUCUGGGACCCAACUGCCCCUAUGACUAAUUUCUCUGGUGCUCUUCCGGACCCUCUGCGCAUAAAGCCAACUGGUCUAUUACCCCACCAAUUUGCUGUCUACGAAGACUUCGCCCUCGAUCCAAAACGUCGGACAACAACAAUGAGCCGACCCACCUCUUCCAUGACAUACUCUCGAGCAGAACAUGUACCUACCGUCUACGCCGCGUCCCCUACACCUGAGCAAACUCUUGGUCAGCAUGCACCCAUGACCCACCAGGAAGCGAUGGAUCGCUUCACGAUCGCUGUCAGGGACUUGGAGAGUUUGAUUGCUCAGCUACCGAUUCCUUCAAUUUCAGCCUUGCCAUCUAACCACGAUAUCCGCCACUUGUUACGUCAAGUCUUAUAUAUCGCUGUGGAACCGGCGGAUCGUCAUCGAACUCCUUUAUUGAUGUCGCAAAAGAUCGUCCAGCUUCUCUACAAGACGUCUUCGCAGCUCGGGAGGGAGAUUUACGUGACGCUUCUUGAUCAGCUGUGCCGCGCGUUCGAAGAUGUUGCUAAAGAGGCCAUCACGUGGCUCUUGUACGCCGAGGACGAAAGGAAACUAAACAUCCCAGUGACAGUCACACUACUCCGUAGCGGUCUCAUGAACGUUUCUCUGCAGGACCAGCAAUUAGCGAAGAGUUUGUUUCAGGAUCCUCGCCCGAGCCUGCAGACUUUCGCUGCUGGUCUUGUUCGGGAGUGUUUGUCCAGCGACCCCCCGGUGGUCUCGCAAAACCAGCUGACCUACACCAUUGAGGUCCUUGGCCAACUCGUCCAAGCUGACAAGGCCAACGAGGACGUCAAUCGGCUUCUGGACGAUCUUCGCGGCGUUAGGCGACCUAGCCCGUCGGAAGCUCCGGAGGUCCCUGCUGUGCGCCAACCAUCAGUGAAACCGGAAACCGAACAGUUGAGAGAGAAACUGUUCAUGUGGUUCCAGCAAUGGGUCACUAUCUUCCAGCGUUCACACUCCUCGGAGAAGGCGUUUGUCCCGUACAUUACACAGCUGACAAAACAAGGCAUCCUCAAGGUUGAAGAUGUGUCCUCGUUUUUCUUCCGUGUUUGCCUUGAGGCUGGUAUCAACAGCUACCUCAAAUGCAUAUCCUCUGGAGAGUUUGAUUAUGCCUUCCAAGCACUUGACGCCCUGUCCAGGCUCAUCGUCUACAUUAUCAAGUAUCACGGGGAUGCAAGUGGCGUUAACAACGACCAGGCGAAGGUUCACUACUUAACGAAGAUCUUGUCGAUUGUUGUGUUGGUUCUGGCUAACAUGCACGAGGAGCAAGGUGCUGUUUUCCAGCAAAAGCCUUUCUUCAGGUUCUUCUCCAGCCUCGUCAAUGAUCUGCACUCUAUGGAGGUUCAUCUUGGUAGCGCAUACUUCCAUUUAUUGGUUGCCAUUAGUGACACCUUCAGCUCCCUGCAACCCAUGUACUUCCCAGGAUUUGCAUUUUCCUGGUUGAGCCUUAUUUCACACAGGCAUUUCAUGCCCAAACUCCUACUCGCCGAAAAUCGUGAGGGCUGGUCCGCAUUCCACAAGUUACUACUCUCCCUCCUCAAGUUUUUGGCACCAUUCUUGAAGGAAGCUGAUCUCCAACUGGCUGCCAGAGACUUGUACAGGGGCACCCUUCGUCUCCUCCUAGUUCUGCUUCAUGACUUCCCCGAAUUCCUCAGUGGAUACUACUUCAGCUUAUGCGACGUCAUCCCGUACCGUUGCGUCCAGCCCCGAAACAUCAUUCUGAGCGCCUUUCCCUUGUCCAUCGUACUCCCCGACCCUCACCUUCGCAGCGUCAAAUUUGACUCGAUCCCCGAGAUGGGCCGUAUACCACCCAUUUUGUCUGACUUUGCUUCGGGGUUGAAAAGUCCUGAACUGAAAAGUGGUUUGGACCAAUACCUCUUCAACCGCGGCACUCCCGCAUUCCUGGUUUCCCUAAAAGAGCGCUUGAAGUCCUCAACAGUUGCGGAAGGUUCCACGGAAACAUACAACCUGUCUCUUCUCGGCUCUGUGGUUAUGUACAUUGGAGUGUCGUCGGUCGCACAGGCAAAAUCGAGAAGCGGAUCUCCUGUUUUCAACCCCACCGACCCCGGCGUUAUUGCUCUACAUUAUUUGGCCACUAAUUUAGACAUCGAAGGACAACACCACCUCUUGAGUUCCUUGGUACUUCACUUGCGAUAUCCCAAUGCACAUACCCACUGGUUCUCGUCUCUACUCCUCCACCUGUUCCUUGAAGUCAAAGAUGACCGUUUCCGUGAAGUCAUGACCCGAGUUCUCCUGGAACGCUUUGUCGUCCACCGUCCUCACCCCUGGGGUGCCUUGGCUACGUUCAUCGAAUUACUGAGGAACCCGAAAUACGACUUCUGGACCAAGGAGUUCAUCCGUGUUGCUCCUGAAGUCACCAUGCUUCUCGAAAGUCACCGACCUCAUCCGCCCGUCCACCCACCACAAUCCAAUCUGGAGAAAGCACCCCCGUACGAAUCGGGAAAAGGCGGACGGCACGUUCAAGGCCAAUUAUAUCUGUAUAUUCCAGGAAAAGCGACGUCGCUGUGGGAUUGGUAG